AUGGCUUCCAAUCCCGCAGUUUACAUUGUCUCCGCUGCUAGGACCCCAAUCGGAUCCUUCUUGGGAUCCCUUUCCAGUUUGAGUGCCACGCAGUUGGGCGGUAUUGCAAUCAAAGCCGCUGUUGAACGUGUGCCGAAAAUCAAGUCCGAAGAUGUCGAGGAAGUCUUCUUUGGAAACGUCUUGUCUGCCAAUCUCGGCCAGAACCCUGCCCGUCAGGCAGCCCUCGCAGGAGGUCUCUCGGAGGCCACCAUCGCCACGACAGUCAACAAAGUAUGCGCCUCUGGCCUCAAGGCAAUCAUUCUCGGUGCCCAAACGAUCAUGACAGGCAAUGCAGAUAUCGUCGUCGCUGGAGGUGCCGAGUCCAUGUCAAACACCCCUCAUUACCUUCCAACCCUUCGAAAUGGCGCAAAAUACGGAGACCAGACACUGGUUGAUGGUGUCCUGAAGGAUGGCUUGACAGACGCAUACGGCAAGAAAGAGCACAUGGGUCUCGCAGGGGAGUUGUGCGCCUCAGAGCACAGCAUUACUCGAGAGCAACAAGACGACUACGCCAUCAAGUCCUACCAAAAAGCCCAAAAAGCCACCGAUGCCGGCCUGUUCAAGAAUGAGAUCGUCCCAGUGGAGGUCAGUGGUGGCCGUGGAAAGCCAAACAUCAAGAUUGAGAGGGACGACGAAGUCAAGAACCUCAAUAUCGAUAAGCUGAAGGCCAUGCGUCCUGCUUUCCAGCCAAAUGGUGGCACCGUUACUGCUCCUAACGCAGCACCUAUUAAUGAUGGAGGAUGCGCUUUGGUGCUCGUCUCAGAGGCGAAGCUAAAGGAGCUUGGUAUUGAGCCUCUGGCUAAGAUUCUCGGAUGGGGAGACGCAGCUCAUGCACCUAGCUUGUUUACCACUGCUCCGGCACUCGCUAUUCCUAAGGCUCUCAAGCACGCCAAGGUUGAAGCUUCGAGUGUUGACUUCUAUGAGAUCAACGAGGCUUUCUCGGUUGUUGCCUUGGCUAACAUGAAGAUCCUAGGCUUGGACGAGUCGAAGGUUAACAUCCACGGAGGUGCGGUUGCUAUUGGGCAUCCGCUUGGAUGUUCAGGGGCUAGAAUCGUUGCAACAUUGGUCAAUGUUUUGAGGGAGCAGAAGGCAAAAAUUGGCGUUGCGGGUAUUUGCAACGGUGGCGGUGGAGCUUCUGCUAUUGUGAUUGAAUCUUUGCAGUAG